UCACCUGCUUCGCCACCGACAUGUAGCGAUUGCCUUGUCGUUGUGUUUGGGGUAGCCUUGCCUUCGGGGUUGUGUAGUCUCCGUUUCCGUUUCGAUCGCUGUCGGGGUCGCCGUCUUCUCGCUUCUCGUUGUCUUUCUUUGGCGGCUUGCAACGCCUUUGAGGGCUUUCUUCAGCUCGGUCGGGAGGGCUCGCGCGGCGUUCUCCGUCAUUGCAAGCGCCAGUGCGGCGGCCUGCAAUGACCGAUCAUUCAUUCAUGUUUCACCGUCGUGUGUGUCGUGGUGCUUACUCUCGUAUUGGUGAGAUCAAUCAGUUGCGUUGCGGCGGGUCGUGGCUGUUCCUGUGUGGCGGGCUGCUGCUGUUGCUGCUGCUGUUGCUGUUGCUGCUGCUGCUGUUGCUGCUGCUGCUGUUGCUGCUGCUCCACCCUCUCGAGCUCCGCCCGCAGUUGCUCUUGCUCGAAUUCUGCACGGCGGAGACGGAAGUAUGUGAAGUCCUUGUGGACUGAAGUUCUAUCCACUGGCCUUGAGGGCUCACCUUCGAGCUCCUCUGGAGCUGAUGAUACACGUCACACACACAGGCAAAGAGAAAAGUGUGUGAGGGAGCGGGGUGUGUAGACAUGCCUUCUUACUCAUGUUUGUGGGCCGGAGUGUGUUAUUGCCUCGCAAGACCUCCGUCACCUCGGGUGGCGCGGCGACCUCAGUCAGCCGGAAUUGUCCUGCUCGCAUUCACAUGUCCACACAUCACACUGGUGCCUCAGGCUGGUGUGUGUGCUGAUCUACUCUCGCGGUGGAUUAGAGCCUCGUAGUUUUGGAGGUCAAAUCGGCCUGUGGUGGGCACCCAGGCCGAUAUCGCGAAUCACAAGAUUCGGUUCGCCCACUGCCAGACACAUUCGGAGAAGCCCACACACAGAGGAUAUGGGUGUCGCUUCUCUUUUUGCUUCUCCUGACCAUUUUCUUGAUCCACGAAGAGCGUCAUGUGGUACAGCCUGAACUCAUGCGGUGUCUGGAGCUCAUGCGGCCCCGUGCAGCAGCAAAGCGACACCAGCAGCAGCAGCAGCAGCAAUGCACUCAGCUUUGGGAUGACCGACUGCUUGAUCGACAUGAAGGUCAGCACGACGCCAACCAAAACACACACUGCCACAAAAAGCUGACACACAUACACAUGCGCACACACACACACAGAGAAUGUUGUCGAUGGUGACUUCCCUUGUGGUGCCUCUGACCUGCUCUGUGCUGCUGCUGCUGCUGCUGGUCGUCGGGGCCAGACGCUCAGCGAGAACUGACACACACCGAGACACACAUGCAGUGAGAGUGGGUGUGAGUGUGAACCAGGCGGCUGUUCGUGUGUACUUUGUGCGGCUCGUCCUCUGGUGUGGUCGGGAUCGAUCACCACGGCCUGCGACUCAACAUCAGCUAGCUGCACACACACACACACACACACGUGUCGUCACACAAGUGUGUCUGUGUGUGUGUGUGUCCCUCUUUGGCGUACGUCAGUGUAUUGCCAUCCGUUCCAUCCCUUCUUGUCGACGUCACACACGCCGUAGUUGCCGCCGUCCUCAGUCAAACUCGGCGGCCGGUCGAACACUGCCGACGUCUGCCGGUACUCAGAGAGGGACUUUGGCGCGUUGAUGGCAAUCACGACUGGGCCGCGGUGGAACACCUCUGCCUUGAUGCGAUCCUCGCUCGAGUGCUCGUAGAACCCACCUCGAAGACACAAGAAAGAGCCACAUCCACUGAUCUGUGUGUGACGUGUGUGUGGCUUUGCUCUCUUGCUUACCGACUUCGGAGUAUGACUUGGCGAACCACAGCGAUCGGCAGUCGUCGCUGACUGGCGUGUGAGCGGUGGGGCAGGGGACGUUCGUGUGAGUGGCAGCGUAGCCCAGACACUUCUCCUCCUGCAGGCCCACCUCUGACGCGUGCUGCUCGACACACACACACAACAACAAUAAUGAGCGAGUGGAUGCCACUGAGCAAAGGGGACUGACUGACCUUGCCGACGAGGAAUGGGUAUCCCCCGUCGCAGCCUUGGUUGUAUGGCGAACAGCUCAGCACCACCGGCACGUCACGCACACCACGGCGGCUCAGCUCGAUACGGAAGCGGCUCUGUAGAGCGUAUGCGGAUGCGAUGGCGUAACAGCUGCCGCAGUCUUGUUGGUUGAUGACAUCGUCCCUGCCGAGCUCGCCCUCCCAGCUG